AUGAGCAGAUCAGGUCAGCCUCCGGAUCUCAAGAAAUACAUGGACAAGAAAUUACAGAUCAAGUUGAAUGCAAAUCGUAUGGUGGUUGGAACACUUCGUGGAUUUGAUCAGUUCAUGAAUCUGGUGAUUGACAACACUCUGGAAGUGAAUGGCAACGAGACAACUGAUAUAGGCAUGGUGGUCAUCAGAGGAAACAGUGUGGUCACUGUUGAAGCGCUUGAGCCA